AUGCCCAUAUGCUCUGAAGUACCUAUGCAAAGUUAUACGUUCAUGAGUCAAGAACAGUUGCAGCUGCUUAUAGAAAGGCUUGACCCUAUUCAGCCUAAGGAAGUUCGCCAAGAAGCAUUGCAGACACUGUGCUUUGCCCCUCCCUCUGAUAUACUGAACUCUGAGUGUUGGCCAAAUCUGCGUAAGCAUCUAACGAUGUCUCUUUCAGAUCCUGAUGCAACAUUCAGUGAGAAAAUUCUUAGGUUCUAUGCAAAAACCUUUUCUUCUUCUCCCUUUAAUAUGACGAGAGAAGUCUAUACAAGUUUAGCAAGACACUUGGAGUUGUACUUUCUUUCUGGAGAAUAUUCUCUUCGUAUUUCAGCUGGUCUGGAUGUAUCUAACGCAGACAUAAGUCGUUUACUUAAAAAGGUCCGACUUUUAAAUGAGUACCAAAAGGAAGCUCCCUCUUCCUGGAUUCGUCAUCCAGAAAAGUACAUGGAAGAAGUAGUGGAGAGUACCUUGUCACUUUUGUCAGUAAAACACGAGCCUAAUCAUCCUGCCUCUGCAGAUUUUUUGAGUCCAGUUUACUUCUUGGCUCUGCUAGAUAUCAAAGCAGUAUGGUUUAAAAAGUGGACGCAUGCAUAUUACAGCAGAGCAGUGGUACUUAGGCUUUUGGAAAAGAAAUACAAAUCUUUGAUUAAUGCAGCUGUCCAGCAAUGUCUUGAUUAUUUUGAAUUUUGCAAGGCAGCAGUUAAUAAAAAUUCCAGAGUUAAUGGCUUCUCCCAGCAGCAUUGUAGUGAUACGCAGAACUUUUCUUACACUGGACCAGAAUUGCAGUACGUCUAUUUUGUUCAUUCGCUGUGCCUUUUAGGAAGAUUGUUGAUCUAUAAGCAAGGCCGAAAUCUCUUUCCAGUACAGCUGAAAAAUAAAAAAGAUAGUAUAUCCAUAACCGAUCUAUUGGUAUUAUUUACUCAGCUUAUUUAUUACUCUCCAAGUUACCCAAAGACAGCUUUCGCAGCGCAUACAGACAGUUAUUCUCCAGCAAGUCUUGUUAUGGACAUUCUGCAAGUUUUUUGUGAUCAAACAGGAUGUGCUGCUGAAUGUUUAUAUACGGAUGCAGUGAUAGAUGCCCUGCUUCAUCCUAUUCAAAGUUUACUGAGUGGCACAGAGGUGUGUAUAAAUUGUCUUGAAACCACUUUAAUUGAUGUAGCUGAUAUUUUGGCAAGGAUUGCUGCUGUAGAAGAUGGUCUUUCUCUUCUUCUUUAUGGAGAAAAUGAAAAAACUGUCAAAGACGAUAGUCCUACAGCUGUUCAUGUAAUUGUUCAGUUUACAAAGAAACUUCUUCAUGACGACAUUUCUCUUUUAUCCGGAUCCGAGAUUUUGCCAGUUGUUAAAGGAGCUUUCAUUUUUGUAUGUCGUCAGAUGUACAGAACUUGCGAAGGCUUGCAGAUGCUAAUUCCUUACGGCUUGCAUGAAUCUAUCGGAGAGGCCUGGAAAAAGACAAGUUUGCUUUCAGAAAGAGUACCCACUCCUGUAAGUGGUGGAGAUUCGACUUCAUCAAUAAGUCUAGAGUCAAAAAACAUUUUGUUAUGGGAAGAGACUUUGUUAGAUGCCUUGCUAAAUUUUUCUGCCACACCCAAAGGACUAUUUCUGCUUCAUAGUACAGGUGCCAUGAAUGACUGUGUGAACUUUAUGUUCAGCAGUUUAUCAAAAAAACUCCAGACAAAUGAGUAUGAAGAGUUUGGUAAUAGAGUGAUUGUUACACAAAUGGCAACAACACCAAAAGGUGCAGUAGCUCUACAGAGUUCAGGCUUUAUAAAGGCACUUGUAACUGAAUUAUGGGGUCUUCUGGAGUGUGGAAAAGAUGAUUUGAGAAUAACCCAACCCAAAUCUACUCCAGUUGACCCUAUUGACCAAAGCUGUCAGAAGUCUUUUCUGUCUCUGAUAAACUUGCUCACUUACCCUGCAGUUUUUGAGCUCCUGAGUAAACAAGAUAUACCAAAUAAACCAAUGUAUUCACUCCGCGAAGUACCUACAGAUAUUAUUGAUAUCAUUGACAGGCUUAUAAUUUUGAAUUCAGAAGCUAAAAUUCAUUCCUUAUUCAGUUAUGAACAAUCACAUAUCUUUGGUCUGAGGUAA